AUGCAGGUUCCACUUGUGCGAUUGCAGUGCGGUUGCAACAGUUACGAAUGGGGCAAGGUUGGCAACGACUCAGCCGCCGCCCGUUUUGCGUCCGCAACACCUUCUAGCGACUUUUCGAUUCAGCAGGACAAGCCAUAUGCUGAACUAUGGAUGGGAACACACCCGUCAAACCCCUCGAAGGAUGUGACUACCGGCCGCACGCUUCUAGAUCUCGUACAGGACAAUCAAGCAUUGAUGUCUCCCGCCAUUUACAAGCGAUAUGAAAAGAAACUGCCAUUUCUGUUCAAGGUUCUCAGCAUCAACAAGGCUCUCUCAAUCCAGGCACAUCCGAAUAAGAAACUCGCAGAACAACUCCACUCCAAGGACCCAGAGCACUAUCCAGAUGACAACCACAAGCCCGAGAUGACCAUUGCCGUCACGGACUUUGAUGGACUCUGCGGAUUCAGACCGUUGAAUGAGAUUGCCCAUUUCUUCAGCACAGUUCCUAGUCUGAGAAAACUCGUCGGCGACGACGCUGCCAGUAACUUUGAGAAAGUAAUCUCUGGCCAGGAGACAACAGAAGAUAGCGACAAGACUCAGGAGAACAAGAAAGCGCUCCAAGCUGCAUUUGCAUCUCUCAUGCAGUCAAAGCCAGAAGAUAUUGAGAAGGCAGCCCCGGAGCUCAUCAAGCAAGCCAAAGAGGAAGGGUCUCAAUUUGCAGGAGAAGGUGGACCGUCAAACGAUGGGCAAGAACUGGCUGAUCUCAUGGUACGACUGAAUGAUCAAUUCCCCAACGACAUUGGCCUGUUCGUCACUUUCUUCCUCAACUACGUCAAGCUUGAGGUCGGCGAGGCCAUGUUCUUGAAAGCAGAUGACAUUCACGCCUACCUUUCCGGCGACAUCAUCGAAUGCAUGGCAUCGAGCGACAACGUGAUCCGUGCAGGAUUCACCCCCAAGUUCAAAGACGUAGAUACCCUCACGUCAACACUAACAUAUUCCUACGCACCAAUCAGCGAGCAGAAGAUGGCGCCAGUCGACUAUGCGUACGUCAAACUCAACACAACGGCAUACAGCUCCAACUCAUCAGUGAUUCUCUACGACCCUCCAAUCGAGGAGUUCAGCGUCGUCAAGACGGAUAUCAAUGCUGCAGGAGGUAAGGCCAGCUUCGAAGCCAUCGAGGGACCUUCAAUCAUCAUUUGCACCAAGGGUGAAGGCAAGAUCAGCGUCGGACCAAAGACUGAGGAGAUCAAGGAGGGGUAUGUCUAUUUUGUGGGCGCUACGGCGGCGUUGGUGCUAGAGAGCACGGGUGGAGAACCUCUGGUGACAUUCAGGGCGUUCUGCGAGCUGAGCGAGGAGGCCGCUAGCAAGAUGUGA